GCGCGGAUAAUUGGGUUACUUCGGAUCAAGAAUCUUUACGCCACAGGCUUUGCACUGGAUCGCUAGCAUUUUUCUCAUCUGUUCUGUCCAUGAUGUAUCAUCACUCAGUCUUUUCCUGUCAUAGAUCUUCAGAGUAUCUUCAGGUUUUCAUUUUCGGGAUGUCUUUCCCACGUUCUAACCCGUUGUAUCGAGCACGACAAAUUGAA